GCUCCGGUGUCAGUGGAGAGAGAGGAAAUACUAGUUGUUCCAGGCCGGGUCUUCAUGGGCCCCAAAGAGAUGCUGCCUCCUGGCUGGGAGGACCUAGACAGGUAGGUUAAACCUUGGUCUUGGCAAGUUCGUUCUCUAUUCAUUCUGUAUCCAUUUGGAUGUCCCCUAAAUGUCCUUGAUGAUUGUACGGUUCUCGGUCUAUUCAUUUCAUCCUUCCUGUCUCUCUGGAUACAUACCUGAACCGAAUGGGAUUUCUUAUACUCCUCUAACGGAGCUUUUUCGCGCGGCCCCUUCACCCCCGCCCUCCCUCCAACAACCGGCGAGAUCUUAUUUGGUGGGUAAGCGGUUCACUGCUAACAGUUGCGGUACUUGCCAUGGCGCUUGGGCAGGCAGAUGGGCCAACUCUUCAUGAUGGGCUUUGAUGGAACAUCUGUCAGUCCCCAGAUUCGCUCGCUCAUCGAGAACUACCACCUCGGCUCGGUUCUACUGUCUGCAAAGAACCUUAAAUCUGCAGAAGAUGCUACGCGACUGGUUCUUGAGUUGCAGACAAUCGCACGGGAUGCUGGUCACCCCGUGCCUUUGCUAAUUGCCUUGGACCAGGAAAAUGGAGGGGUGAACAGUCUGUACGAUGAUAUCUAUAUCCGGCAGUAUCCCAGUGCUAUGGGUAUCGCUGCAACAGGAUCAAAGGGCUUAGCUCAUGAAGUUGCGGUGGCAACGGCACAAGAGCUCAAGGCCGUUGGAGUCAAUUGGAUUUUGGGUCCUGUUCUCGACGUGCUGACCAAUGUGCGGAAUCAGCCUUUGGGUGUCCGUACCACAGGAGACGACCCACAAGAGGUAUCACAAUACGGCAUCGAGUUCCUGAAAGGCUAUCAGAAGGCAGGUCUCGUAACUUGCGGCAAGCAUUUUCCCUCAUACGGUAACUUGGAGUUUCUCGGGUCUCAGACGGACGUACCGAUCAUUACUGAGUCCCUAGAGCAGCUUAGUUUAACUGCGUUGGUGCCCUUCCGUAAUGCGAUUCUUCAAGGAUUGGACUCGAUGAUGGUUGGAGGUGUUUCAAUGUCAUCCGCCGGAGUCAAUGUGAUGCACGCUUGUCUCAGCGAGCAGGUUGUUGAUGACUUACUACGGAAAGACCUGCAGUUCAAAGGCGUGGUUGUUUCCGAAUGCCUAGAAAUGGAGGCCCUCACUCACAAUAUCGGCGUCGGUGGAGGAACAGUAAUGGCUAAGAAUGCCGGUUGCGAUAUCAUCCUUCUUUGUCGCUCGUUUCAAGUUCAGCAGGAAGCCAUCAGCGGUUUGAAGCUCGGUGUGGAGAACGGUAUCAUUGGGCGCGGACGUAUUGAACAGUCCCUUCGCAGAGUGUUGAGCCUCAAAGCAAAAUGCACAUCUUGGGAACAGGCUCUCAACCCGCCUGGUCUUACUUCACUCACCCAGAUGCAACCAUCUCAUACCAGCCUUUCUACACGAGCAUACAACAGUUCCAUCUCAGUUGUCCGAGAUAAGCAGAAUCUGAUACCCUUGACCAACAUUCUUGAACAGAACGAGGAAUUGCUCCUGUUGACACCUUUGGUAAAGCCAUUGCCUGCUUCUGCCGUAUCGCGCUCCGUGACUGAGCAUCUGAAUGUAUCUCUUGACCCGAGUGCAUGGGACCGAACAGCAUCUGUUCUGAGUGGCGAAAGUGUUUUCAAAGAGCUUGGCAGAUCACUUUCCCGACAUCGCAGUGGUCGUGUUCUGCAUACAUCCUACACGGCCAACGGCGUACGUCCGAUCCAUGAGAGUCUCAUAGAUCGAGCGAGCGCAGUCAUCGUCGUCACCGCAGACGCUAAUCGGAACCUGUACCAGCAUGGUUUUACCAGGCAUGUGUCUAUGAUCUGUAGGUCCCAGUUUACGCCGUCAGGCGAGCCUCGGGAGAAACCACUGAUCGUGGUCGCGGUAAGCUCACCAUAUGACUUUGCGAUGGACUUGUCCAUUGGAAGUUAUGUUUGCACAUAUGACUUCACCGAAACAGCCCUAGAGGCUUUGGUAAAAGUACUCUACGGAGAGUUGACCCCCAUGGGAUCACUUCCAGGCUCUAUAAGUCGCAGUCAAAAACUUCACCAGGCGAGACAACACUGGUUAGUAGAAAGCUGGAACGAAGAUAGAGACGCCCACGCCUUGGACUACCUAAUAAGUGCUGUUCGGGACGAUUGUGUGCAAGGACAACGUUCGGAGUUGCUCGGUGUAACAUCUAGCAGCUUCUUACUCCGCAUGGAAGAGAUCGAGGAGGCACACUUCGUGGUUCGCAACAGCAGCACCCAGGCCUUAUACGGAUUCUGUUCCACAUACUACUUCCGAUCUACGGGCACGGGCGUCAUUGGGUCUUUAAUCGUCCAUCCUGCAAGACGGCAGCUAUCGAUUGGAAACUCCCUCCACAACCGUGCCAUCCGAACACUUCUGCAAAGAAAAGGCAUGAAGCGAUUCCAACUGGGAUCUCGCCUUCCGGGUAUUUAUCUAGGCAUUCCGUCAGCAAACCCGGUGGGCCGUAAAAGGCUUCGCCAAUGGUUUGCGAACUUAGGAUGGAACACGGCCCUUUCGCGGCCGGUUUGUAGCGCUGUAAUGCGCAACCUAUCUUCUUGGGCGCCAACGGAAGGCUUGCUUCACGGCAUCCAGAAUGCGGACGUGACUUAUGAUCUCGUUUAUGGCAGGGACUAUGCAGAGCCGAUUUUGGAUCACAUCAAAACAAGCUCUAGGCAAGGAGUUCUAGAUAUAUACAAAGUGGCUUUGAGAGGUUCACCACACUGUGGGAUCAUCCGUGCCACCCGACCCCGCGAUGGGGCUAUUCUGGGCAGCAUCGUCGUUUACAGUGGACGAGCAGCUCUGGCGGAGCACAUGCCGGUCCUGAGAUCUCUUCAGGUCGCCGCUGGGGGCAUUUCGUCUCCUGUCAUUUCUCCAUCGGUUGGUGAGUACGCCACGGUCAUGCAGGGUCUGAUCUUACUGGGCAUAAAGCAAAUUCGCAAACAAGGCGCUGAAGCUGUGAUAAUGGAUUGCGUGAGUCGCUUACUUUUCAUGCCCAUACAUUGUGCAAUGAGCGUUGGUCAUUGACGAUUUUUGCUUUAGGUUGAUGGUGACAGCAAUCUUGAUUGCCUCUCCGGCAUGGGCUUCAGUACCCUGCAUAGCUUCGAAGAAGUCAAUUGCGAUGCCGCAACAUGGAGUAUGACACCGACCUAGUGGGAGAAUUCUUUAGUGGUGAGGUUCAGCUGCAAGGUCUUUGGUUUUACACUGUAGAUGACCUUUUAACCCUGACAUACUGGUGGUCUCAUGGCUGUAAAUAUGAGUCAAUAGAGAGAAGGGUGGGGCGGGAGAUUUCUCAAGGUGUCAUUUCCAUUUCUCUCUAGAAUUCAUCUUUCUUUAGUCCCGUUUAGUUAGUC